UGGAUGUAGAAACUGAAGCAGCAAAAGAAGCAGAAGUCUAUUUGCUAGGGCACGGGUGAACACGUGGUGUGCUGACGUGGCAUUUGAGUUUCCUCCGUUAUUCGAAAUUGUUGCAAUCAAAGCCGCCAAAUCUCUUACUCUCUCUCACGUAUUCGGGUUUCACAGAAGAAAGGAGGGAACAGGCUUUUCCGGUGCACCCGCGGUGAGACUAUCAACACAAACCCUAGGGUUUUGCAAAUCUCUUGAAUGAGAUUGGAGGAAUGCCCGUAUCAAAACAAUCUUGGCUUAAUAUACAGUUUACUGUGACCACAUUGAAUGUUAAACUCAACAUGCCAUAGUUUCCUCUAUUUAGGCAGGGUCAUGCUCCAUUUGGCCCUAGAAAAGGAUUGGGGGGGCAGAAUAGUGAACUCCAAAAUAGCUUACUAAAGGAAGUUAUUCAGGUCAUACUUGGAUGCUUCAGAGUUCUUCCCUCCAGCAAUUCUCUAGCUCUUAAAAUGAAACCAAGAACAAAUGGGGUACCUAGAGCUCAAAAAUCCAGAAAUUUUCAGGGUGAAGGACCAAAUUGGGUCCUUCUUGCAGGGGGUGCUUUGUUAAGUACGCUAUCCAUUCGUCUUGGCUACAAGCUGAAGCAGGCUCUGGACACAAAGCAACAGGAGAAUGCAAGUAGUGGGAAAUCUGCUGACAGAAAUAAGUCGGGAGCUUGUCGUUUGCAUUCAAAUGCAUAUUCUUUUACCCGAGAGGAUAAUAGUUGCUUCCAUUGUGUUUCAGGAUCUGAAGGCAUCGUGGAUGUUAAUCACCACCAGCCCAAUGGCCAAAUACUGACAGAGUCUGAUGUAGCUCUCCCUUUGGUGAUGGUGCCUGCCCCUGAAUAUACCAAAGAGAACGGUGUUGUCUGGGCAUCCUCCCCUGAGCGCCUUGAGCUGCCUCCAAAGCCGUUCCACCACUCAAACUGCUCAGACUCGCCAUGUGUCUCAGAAUCUGGCUCUGACAUCUUCAGUAAGCGGGAAGUGAUACAAAAGCUGAGGCAGCAAUUGAAGAAAAGAGACGACAUGAUACUGGAGAUGCAGGAUCAAAUCAUGGAAUUGCAGAACUCAUUGAGCUCUCAGCUGUCCCAUUCCUCACAUCUGCAGGUGCAGCUUGAUGCUGCAAACAGGGAUCUGUUUGAUUCUGAGAGAGAAAUCCAGAGGCUGAGAAAGGCAAUUGCAGAUCACUGUGUUGGCCAUGUGGGCUUCAAUGAAAACCCCUCACCAGCCAUGACCUGCCCAUCUGAACCAAGAAACGGCCAUGCAAAUGGGUAUCUCAACGGAGACACCAACCUGGAGUCACCAGAAAAAGGAAGAGGAGACAGUGAGAGGAUUGAGAUGCUGAGAAGGGAAGUCGGAGAGUUGAGGGAAGUGAUAGAAGGAAAGGAGUACCUGCUGCAGAGCUACAAGGAGCAGAAGGUGGAGCUCUCCAUGAAGAUCAAAGAGUUGCAGCAGAGACUAGACUCUCAGCUACCAAAUAUUUUGUAGACAACAGCCUAAGUUGUGUAUUCUUGUUUGUUUCUCUUUUCCCCCUUUUUUUUUCUCUUUCUGAUUCCAAUAGUUGUCUCUGGUCUUUGUCUCUCGAGUCGUAGUUAGUAGGAAUGCAUUGUGAUGCAGUGAGCUUGUUCAUGUGUGCAUUUGUGACAGAAAAAGAGAGGUUUUAAUAGGUUGAAUGCAGCUUAGGGUUAGGGCAUGGGGCUGUUGUUAUGGUAUGCUGUAAUGAACUAUCUGUUGAUUUGAGCAAUAUUUGCAAAUCUAUAUAAAAAAUUGAUGACAAGUUUUCCCUA